CGCAGCGAGGGUCAUUCCCAGCCGUAUGCUUCAGCGAGUUGACGGAGGGGCCAGUUGCUGGUGCUGUGGACUCGGGUGUGCGCCCUCCCAGGCCAGCCCCGGUGCUCUUGCAGGGCCUCCGGAAUCUGCAGUCUCGUUGCCGCCCGGAGACAGCCUUGAAGGCCUGGACGCCGAGGCUGAAGCGGGGCGGCCAUGGACUUCUCCAAGUUCUUGGCCGAAGACUUCGACGUGAAGGAGUGGAUCAACGCGGCCUUCAGGGCUGGCCCCAAGGAGGCGGCGGCCGGGAAGGCGGACGGCCACGCGGCCACCCUGGUGAUGAAGCUGCAGCUGUUCAUCCAGGAGGUGAACCACGCCGUGGAGGAAACAAGUCACCAGGCCCUUCAGAACAUGCCCAAGGUGCUCCGUGAUGUGGAAGCCCUUAAACAGGAGGCGUCUUUUCUGAAAGAACAAAUGAUUCUUGUCAAGGAGGACAUUAAAAAAUUUGAACAAGACACGUCUCAGUCGAUGCAGGUAUUGGUAGAAAUCGACCAGGUCAAGUCCAGAAUGCAGCUGGCCGCAGAAUCACUUCAAGAAGCAGACAAGUGGAGCACGUUGAGUGCUGAUAUUGAGGAGACAUUUAAGACUCAAGACAUAGCUGUGAUUUCUGCCAAGCUAACAGGUAUGCAGAACAGCUUAAUGAUGCUUGUUGAUACACCAGACUACUCAGAGAAGUGUGUGCACUUGGAGGCACUGAAGAACAGGCUAGAGGCCUUGGCCAGCCCCCAGAUUGUAGCAGUGUUCAGCUCCCAGUCUGUAGAUCAGUCCAAAGCGUUUGUGAAAAUUUUUACUGAAAUUGACCGGAUGCCCCAGCUUCUUGCAUAUUACUACAAGUGUCACAAGGUCCCGCUUUUAGCAGCCUGGCAAGAGCUGUGUCAGAGUGAGCUCCCCCUGGACCGGCAGCUCACUGGGCUCUACGACGCCUUGCUCGGUGCUUGGCACACGCAAAGCCAAUGGGCUACGCAGGUUUUCAAGAACCCCCACGAGGUGGUGACUGUGCUGCUGAUUCAGACCCUGGGGGCCUUGGUGCCCUCUCUGCCCAUCUGCCUCAGCUCCGGUGUGGAGCGGGCAGCACCUGAGCUGGAGCUCACCAAACUGCUGGAGUUCUACGAUGCCACCGCCCACUUUGCCAAGGGGUUGGAGAUGGCACUGCUUCCCCACCCACAUGACCACAACUUGGUGAAAGUCAUGGAACUGGUGGAUGCUGUGUAUGGUCCGUACAAACCCUACCAGCUGAAGUAUGGCGACAUGGAAGAAAAAAACCUCCUCAUCCAGAUCAGCGCCGUGCCUUUGGAGCACGGAGAGGUCAUUGACUGUGUGCAGGAGCUGAGCCACUCCGUGAACAAGCUCUUUGGCUUGGCGUCUGCAGCCGUUGACAGAUGCAUCAGAUUCACCAAUGGCCUGGGGACCUGCGGCCUGCUGUCAGCCUUGAAAUCCCUUUUUACCAAGUAUGUGUCUGAUUUCACCAGUACUCUGCACUCAAUACGAAAGAAGUGCAAGCUGGAUGACAUUCCGCCCAACUCCCUCUUUCAAGAAGAUUGGACGGCUUUUCAGAACUCCAUUAGGAUAAUAGCCACCUGUGGAGAGCUCUUGAGGCAAUGCGGGGACUUCGAGCAGCAGCUAGCAAACAGGAUUUUGUCCACAGCUGGGAAGUAUCUGUCUGACUCCUACAGCCCUCGGAACCUGACCGGUUUUCAGGAUAGCAUCUUGAUAGACAAGAAGAGCUCUGCCAAGAACCCGUGGCAAGAAUAUAAUUACCUCCAGAAAGAUAACCCUGCUGAAUAUGCCAGUUUAAUGGAAAUACUUUACACCCUCAAGGAAAAAGGAUCAAGUAACCACAACCUGCUGUCUGCAUCUCGGGCGGCCCUGACUCGUCUUAACCAGCAGGCCCACCAGCUGGCUUUUGAUUCGGUUUUCCUGCGCAUCAAACAGCAGCUCCUUCUCAUUUCCAAGAUGGACAGCUGGAACACAGCCGGCAUUGGAGAGACCCUGACCGACGACCUGCCCACGUUCAGUCUCACCCCUCUCGAGUACAUCAGUCAUAUCGGGCAGUAUAUCAUGUCCCUCCCCCUGAAUCUCGAGCCGUUUGUGACUCAGGAGGACUCUGCCUUAGAGCUAGCAUUGCACGCCGGAAAACUGCCAUUUCCUCCGGAGCAAGGGGAUGAAUUGCCCGAGCUGGACAACAUGGCUGACAACUGGCUGGGCUCGAUCGCCAGAGCCACGAUGCAGACCUACUGUGACGUGAUCCUCCAGAUCCCCGAGCUGACGCCACACUCCACCAAGCAGCUGGCCACUGACAUUGACUACCUGAUCAACGUGAUGGACGCCCUGGGCCUGCAGCCCUCCCGCACCCUCCAGAACAUCGUGACGCUCCUGAAGGCCAAACCGGAGGAUUAUAGGCAGGUCAGCAAAGGCCUGCCCCGCCGCCUCGCUGCCACGGUGGCCGCCAUGCGGAGCGUGGACUACUGACCUGCCGCGCAGCUGCUGAGAGGGGGUCAGGGCUGGGGCACUGGCUCACAGCAACUCUCCAGAAUAGAAUCGCUCUCAAACCCGCCCAGGAGUGGGCAGUUUAUUUCAAAAAGACUUGCUUCGUAUUAUAAUCAAAAAAACCCUUGUAAAUUAGAGGUUUAUUAUUUAUAAGAGGGAUUUUCAGAUGAUUUUUUUAAGUGAUCUGAUCUUAAAAAUGGAAUUAAUAAAUACUGUGAAAUGAAAGAAGGCUGUUUUCAUCCUUCUUUCUUCAGUGAGCGUCUGUCCUUCCCAUGUGCCGUGCUGUUCACACUGGGGACGCGGCGGGAAGAAAGCCGGCAGUGGGAAAAGGAGGGAGGGAGAAUCAGCAGAUAAACCAAGAGGAGAUGGUGUCAGACGUUAGUGCGAGGGACAAAGAGGGCGUCAGGGUGGAAGGCGGCUGGGAUAAGGUGGGGGGGCAACCCCGAGACCUGAAGGAUGAGAGACACGUGUGCUAAAGAGCUCUGGGAGGAGCAUUCUGGUGGAGGGAAGAGCUCAGGCCAGACCCUGCGGUCCGUGGUCAGCAGCGUGGAAGCAGGCGUAGGAAAUAAGGUCAGAGAGGAAGGGGGCCAGAGCCUCGAGGUCCUGUAGCCAAAGGAACAACUUGGGCUUUUCCUUUUUCGUUUUUUAAAACUCACAGGAUGAUGUGGAUUCUGUCAGGUUUUUUGCCAAUAUCUUCUGUAUCUGUUAAGAUUGUAUUUGGCUACAAGUAACAGAAUAACGUAAUUUGAGUGACUUAAACAAAUAGGAGUUGAUUUUUCUCAGUAACAAGAAGUCACAUGGUGGCGGCUAUGGGCACUGAUUUAGUGGUUGGGCGGCCAGGACAGGGACCAGCCCCGCUGUGGUCUUGACCUUUCUUUCCCCCAGGCUGGAUGCCUCAUCCUCGCAGGGCGACUCCUGCAGCUGCAGGUGUGGCAUCCGUGUCCAGGGAGGAAGAAACCAGAGAGGGUGCGGCCGAGCGGCAAUCCUGACCCUUCCACAGGGGGAGGCAAAGGCCUUCCCAGAAGCCCCCGCCAACUUGCUCCUAGGCCUCACUGGCCAUUUCUGGUCCCCAGGCAUCCCCCACCUGCAAGGGAGGCUGGGAACGAAGGGAACAGGACUGCUUCUGCCAGCCUCGGUGCUGCUGCCCUUUGGGCUGGAGAGCUGUUGUUCUGAGGCUGUCCUGUGCGUCGUAGGAUGGUCAGCAGCAUCGCUGGCCCCUCCCUGCUGGAUGCCCGUGCUCCUCCUCUAGUUGUGACCGCCAAGAAUGUCUCCAGAUGUGGCCCAGGGGCCAUGUCACCUCCAGGAGAGAAACCCUGGCUUAGACAGUCAGGAUUGGUUGCCUGGGCUGGGCUUGCUGCUGCCCUGAACAGAUGGGGCUUCUGUAGUCCUUUAUGGGAGCUGAGCACGCACUGUGUUCCAGGACGGGCAAGCUUGACUUGUCUCUCCCCCACGCCUCAUGUGAGCCUCGGGAGGCAGGGAGUAUUGUCCAUCUUACACAAGGAACAGAGGUGUGGAGACGGUUAGGAGUUCCCCAGAGUCACUCAGCUGCCACGUGCCAGGCCUGGGGUUCGGAGUGAGCCUGGCGACUGUGCGCCUGCAUCCUGACUGUUGGAUGGGAGGCAUGCAGCGUGACACCGACUCCCAGCGGGUCAGCCUGCUUGUGACUGCCCUCCGGAGCAGCAGCCCCCCAGCCCAGCCUUUCGUGAACCAGCCCCCCAGCUGCCAGGGCAAGUGUCCCACUGGGUCUGUCGUCCAGGGGUUCCCACACAUUCUGUCCUCACAUCCUUGGAACCAGUUUUGCUGGCCCGGAAAGAGCAUCAGCUGAGAACCCACACAAAGAAAAAUAUUUUGGUUUCUCAUGUGGUGCAUCACCAACUGUCCCUGGCAGGGGCUGAGCCCAGCUCCUGCUCCAGAGAAAUGAGAGCUGGAAACCUGGAAGGUGAGACGUGCCGCUGGGAAGUGGAAAGCUCUUCGGGGUGACCUUUGGGCCAGUGUCCACGAGAGCCAUAGGUGUUGAGGGGACAGGCUUGGGCUUAACUCCCAGCUUUGCACCUCCCAGCUGUGUGACCUUGGGAAUGUCACUUCACCUCUCUGAGCCUCAUUUCCUAAUCUGAAACAUGGGGGUCAUAAUGGCACCUAACCAUAGGGUUAUUUGAAGAGCCAGGGAGACAGAGCAAGGCAACAGCAUGUCCUUAGUGCAUGAUAAACGUGAAUUUCCUAGUCCUCCAGUAUCUAUAACCUGCCUCCCCUCUGGGGUAGAGGUGGGAAUUCAGAAUGCCAUUUUCUGGGGAAUUCGAGCCCUGCCAGCCUCAUUUUUGAGUCCUCAACAGCUCUGAAGUUCCCAGUGUAGGAACAGAGCAGCACUUGUCUCUUCCAGACCUGGAGAAAUGGAGGAAAUGCCCCUCUGUCUGACUCAGAGCCUGCUUUCAGAGAUGGGGCCAUUGUCCAUCUUCACUUUGGGCCUGAGCACUGCCCUGAGAGCAGGGAUGACAGCUGACGCCCACUGUCACCUGGCCCCGUCUCAUGCACCUACAGGCAGCUCUAGGGCAGGGAGCGCCCUUCUCGCUCCUGCUGCAAAGUGUCUCUGAACAGAACCUCUCGCAGUUCAGGAUGAGCAUGUGGCCCAGGAGGAUCAAUGAGCCCCAUUCUUGGGGCUUUUGCUGGGACACUCUGAAGGAGGAGCUUUCUUCCCACUGUGGUUGCUGAGCUGAGGGAAUGGAGCCUGGCACAGUGAGGGGAAGAGCAGCACAUGGAGAGAACCAAUUUGAGAGGGACAUCAACACAGAAGAAAGUAAAGCCAGUAGCUAGAGAAAUCACCAGAUCUAGGUGAACCCCUGGAUACAGCCAUGCCUGAAAUCCCUGUACUUUUAUUACAAGAACCAAUUAAUUCCCUUUUUUUAGUUUAAGUCAGUUCAAGUUAACUUUGGUCAAUGAGCUGGCAAAAGGAGACAGAUAACAAUUUGCUCUGCCUGCCCCAUGGCAUCAGAUGAGACAAUAAAUAUGAAAGCCCCAGGCUCCUGUAAGGCACUGGUGUUCUUAUGACCACUGGCAGCAAGAGGAUGAGUCUAGAGUCUCAUCUUUGUC